AUGGUUUUUACCUACACGCACCACACUCUACUGCAUGGGAGGCGUGAACUGAUACAAAUGGAAAGGUCAUAGUUACUCCGGCAAACGAGCUGAGAUGAAAAUCAAACCAGUCAAUUUAACUCCAUUGUUUACUUAUUUCGUAACAGCACUGUCUCUGUUUUCUGGUUUCUAAAACGUAGGAAGGGUACGAAGUACAUCACAGAUUGAAGCUUAGUAAUGGGUGAUGGAUGUAUUUUAUUUCAAAAUUUUACGAGUGUCUGUAAAUAAUAAUGAUUUUUGCUUUUAUCUCUUUUCUGUCUGUCAUUAUUGUGAAACUGAACAUAGAGAUUGGCCUGAAGAACGUUGAAGAAAACCAAGGAAGCCUCUCUGAAGACGUUCGUCAUGAAUGUUGAAAAAUCAUAGAAAAUUGAAAUAUUUUAUUUGUCAUCAUCGAUCUUAGUACUCGGAGAGGCCACUAAUGAUUUAAUUGGCUCAAUUUGUUUUCUAGGAACUGUACUCAAAUCGUAAUUUGAACGAGGCCUAAGAGUAUGAUUGCUGAGCUCAGAAGUUGAAUAUAGUCAACAAAAACUCUCUUUCUUUUCUCUCUCUUUCUCUCUCUCUCUCUCUCUCUCUCUCUCUCGGAUUGAAUGAGCCCCCACAAUUGCUUCCCAAAAUUAAUGGAACAUCGAAAGACAGGCUGCCUUAAAAGUCCAUUAAAGACUGCUAAAAUCGGUUCCUAUCUGAAAUUAUAGAAAGCAUUAUUGUUUCCCUUUACGUGCUUUCAGUUAAGCUCAUUACUUCAUACGAUGUCUGAAACCUGUCUUUGGCAAAAAUCUUCAGUCUGAAACAUGUCGUCUGAAUAAAUUAGGUUUCUUCCAGUUUUGGUCACGUAUUCCAAUUUUUAUUCAUUGUGGUUGGGGGUUUUCUUUUUUUGGCAUUUGAUGGAUUAAAACAGAUGAAGGCCCUCUUCAGGUUAUUUUUGGUUCUUUCGUUCCUCAAGUUCUUAUUUCCCUUUAAUUUAGCUCGGGUUGAUUUGUCAUUAUUUGAGGCUUUCAGUUCUGAAGGCUCUCGUUCCGGUUUUUCGGUUUUGACGGAAAUUUUGGUUUUCAGGUUUCCAAUGGGGUUUCCGAUAGGGUUUCCCGAUAGGCUCUAGAGCCCUUCCUUCGUGCUUCAAGUUCUUAUUUCCCUUUAAUUUAGCUUGGGUUGAUUUACCAUUAUUUGAGGCUUUCAGUUCUGAAGGCUCUCAUUCGGGUUUUUCGCUUUUGACGGAAAUUCUGGUUUUCGGGUUUCUGAGAGAGUUUCCCAUAGGCUCCAGUGCCCUUAAGUAUUUAAGAAUGAAGGGUGUAUCUAGUUGACAGUCAAAGUAUCGCUAGAGGCUUUUGCCACGGCUAACUGAAGCUUCAACACCGGCUGAUCAUGGCUCGCACUGAGUCUUCCUGGAUUGUUCUGCUUUUUGCUUUCAUUACAACCAUCCGAGAUGAAACAAUGGCAAAUGCUAACUUAUCACAAGUUUCUCCUUUGAGGGAAAAAUGUCAAAAUGUAUACAACUCCAACAAUUUCUAUGCAGGACCGAACAAGAAAGUCGAAACAUUACUUCAUGAGAUUAAGAAGGAGCUCAAAGAGAUACAAAAGGAUAUCAGCCAUCUGAAGGGAAAUAGAACAAGUGUAGAAGGUAAAUUUCAAAUUGCUGAUCAUGGUUGCAUUUCAAUAUUUCAAAAAAUUAUCUGCAAAAUUUGGGUUGAUUUCUACAGUUUAUUUUGGCAAAGAUCUCCCAUUACGAAGGUUUCACUGUUAUUCUGGUAUGAAAAACAGUUUUCCUCGAUAUGACUAUAUUCGAAUAGCGAGAAAAAGGGGAUGUAAGGUACAACGGAAAUCAGUCAUUUAUUCCAUAUCGUAGUGAUUAUCUCUUUUUCUCUGGAAUACAUCAAAUUUAGCUUGAGACUGGCAGUCAAAUUUAUCCUUUAUUUCAGUCUUUAGGAACUGCGCUGAACUCUACAAAGCUGGAAAGCGAGUCAGCGGUGUUUAUACAAUCGAUCCUGACAAUUCCGGUGCCUUCGAGGUCUUUUGCGACCAAAAGACAGCCGGUGGAGGAUGGACAGUGUUCCAAAAGAGACUGGACGGCUCGGUUGAUUUUUACCGCGGAUGGAACGACUACAAACGAGGCUUUGGAAAUUUAAACGGUGAGUUUUGGCUCGGACUGGACAAGAUACAUAGGCUGACAAAAGAAAGAUGUAGACUUCACGUAGACCUUGAAGAUAUCAACGGAAAUACUGCGUAUGCCGAGUACGACUUCUUUGGUGUUGCCAGCGAGAGAAGCAAAUACAGACUGAGUCUUGGAUCAUACUCUGGUAUGUGGCCAGUACUUUCUAACAUAUCUCUCAGAUGAGGAUUCUCUUGCUACAAUUUCCAUCCCUCAGUACGACACCUGAUUAGUGUUGCAUUUAUUUGUCCAGCGGUAAAGGACGGUCGAUAAUUUGGCCAAAUAAAACGAGAUAUUUGUCACUCCAAGGGACCAUUACAUUAUUGCAUAGUUACAUCUGUACAAUUUCAUAAAAGCCAUUUGGGUAUUAAGUUUUUCGCAACCAAGCUUUUUGGCGUUUACCUUUUUUGCAAUUUCCCGACCAAAUUGUUGUAUUCCUUAAUCUUACCUAAUGGAGAAUCAAACAUCAUUUUUCAAAAAAGUGCUGUUCGAUGAGGUUAAGUUCCAUUCCAGUAAUAUGUAACAUUUUUUCUCUCUGAUUCUGGUGAAAAAGCUUUAUGUUCCAUAUUUUUGUGUUUCUUCAAAGGAACUGCUGGUGACUCAUUUUCUUAUCACAGAGGCUCAGCAUUUUCCACCAAAGAGCGAGACAACGACCAGAAUGGUAGCACCAACUGUGCCACACGUUGCCAAGGAGCCUGGUGGUACAAGGCCUGUUUGAAUUCCAAUCUCAAUGGUCUUUACCUACACGGCCCACACUCUACUUCAUGGGAAGGCGUAAACUGGGACAAAUGGAAAGGCGCUAGUUACUCCGCCAAACGAGCUGAGAUGAAAAUUAAACCACUUAAUUAAACUCCACUGUUUACUUAUUUCGUAAGAACACUGCUUCUAUUUUCUGGUCCAAAACGUGAAGGGUACAUAGUACAACACAGAUUGAAGUUUAGUAAUGGGUGAUGAGUGUGUCUGAAAAUAAUCAAAUUUUUUCUUUCAUAUUUGAUUUUGUCUGUCAUUACUGUGAAACUAAGCAAAGAUUGGCUUGGAGAACGUUGAAGAAAACCGGAGACGAGAGAAGACAGAAAACGCCUAAGUUUGCCCGAAAAUCAAUAUUUCCAAACCAGAAACUUUCUAAGUUUUUAAGACGAUCGUCGAGAAUGUUGCGAAAUCAUAGAAAAUUAAAAAAUUAUAUUUGUCA